AAUGGAUAUAAAUAUAGGAGAAACACUCUUCAUCAUUGUUGGAGCUGCCAUUUCGAUUUCAGUUGGUGAAUUAGUUUCAUGGUUUCUCGUUUAUCGAAAUGCAGAUUACAAAGACCUUGUAUCUAGAAUUGAGACUGCUGUAGCCAAAUAUAAUAAAGAGAAAGAAUAAUUUGUCAAGUAAAUUGUUAUCAUUUAUGUUUACAAGAGAAACUAAUGCUAAAAAUCAAGAGAAAAGAUUAUCACAAAUUGAAUCAUAAAUUAAAGGAUUAAAUUAUGAAAUGACAUUCAAAAAGAUGAUAUCAAAUGCUGCAGUAGCUAUACUAUCUAUUGUUACAAUUAAUUCAAUUGGUAAUUAUUAUUCAGGAAUUGUUGUGGCAAAAUUGCCAUUUGAACCAUUUUGGAUUCUAUAAUAAAUAACUCAUAGAGGACUUAAUGGAGAGGAUUUAACAGAUUGUUCCUAUAUAUUCAUUUAUAUUUUAUCAGCACUCAUAUUUAAAUCUAAUAUACAAAAAAUAUUUGGUAUCCUUUUAUAUUUAAUCACAUCUAGGUUUGGAAGGACCUAAAAUGCCAUUUGGUCCUGGUGGUCCUCAACCCAGUUUAUUCAAAUAGUGAA